CCCCAUACAGUCGGGUCGCUAUGCAUGGAAGAUGUUAUCUCUCACAUGCGAUAACUCACGUUGUCUCGUCCGACUAUCACCGCGUCCGACUUGGUGGAGUGGCCAAAUGCUGCCUUAGACGGCGCCGGUCAGUUGGAGGAUGGGCGUGUCCACACCGGCUCCUCGACUACAGAGACUCGGCCUUUCAAAUUGAGGUGGCUUACCUUCACCGACUCACGAUACCCGUCCCGUGAUUGCGACUGCUUCACUUUGUCGACCGAUGGUAAGCUCCUGGCGGCAUCGUUCAGGAGCGUUGAAGUCCUCGUAUGACGACUGUCCGACGGUUUACUUGUUCAACGCCUACAUCAUCAGAGCCAUACAGACGACGUUUCUGCCCUCUCCUUCUCCCCCAUUGACUACACUCUCGUCUCAGGGUCCAAGGACAUGACCGCAAUCGUGUGAGAUACUCGACACGGCCGCUUAAUUCUACGUCUAGAAGGACACCGCGGGCCAAUAAGUAGGAUUGCAUAUGCUCCUCAUGGUGCACUCAUCGCCACAGGUUCUGGCAACAACGGAUCCGUGAAUAUUUGGGACUCGUCGAGUGGAGCAUGCCUGCAUUCCUUUGGCGUCGACGAAGACAUAUACAAGCUCGCCUUCUCCCCGGACAGCUUAUGCCUCUGUGUCGAACUGGCCAAGUCCUGCAUCAUCUAUGACAUCCACACCUACACGCGCACUGCCACAUUACGACAUAAUGCCAGGCACUCACUCUAUUCGUCGAUGUCUCAUCAAGGUGAUCGCAUAGUCACAGGCUCGAGCUCGAUCCGCCCGGGACAAGUGAAGAUUUGGAGUACAGCGACCGGCGAAGGACUUUUCAUAAUUGAUCAUCCGGACAAGCUCUCGCGUCCUGUGGCAUUUUCCCCAGACGGGGCCGAGGUGGCAUCGGCUUGUGAUGUGGAGAUGGCAGCCGUCACCUACGACUCACGGACAGGUCAGCUACGUCAUGUCUUUAAGUUGGCACAGCCGGAAUAUCGUGUGGCGUACUCCCCAGAUGGGGAAUAUGUUGCCUUUGGUGCCGAGGACGGAGAUCUCGAGCUGUACGAUACGAAGUCUGGGACAUUUCUCGCAAAGUUUGAUGGGCGUGAAGGGAGUGGGAUGCUUUAUGAGAUAUGCUUUCUACCUGACAGUCGGACUCUUCUAGCGCGGUCUGAGCACGGGCCCCCACUUCUGUAUAACAGUGACGAUGUGUUACGAAUGCGAUAGCGUAGUGUUACUCUGCGGUCCCCAGCUCCGUAUACUAUAGGAGUGCAAAUUGUAGGAAGCUUGUGGUGAAUACAGUGUGAUGCGUGCCAG